AUGUCUUUCAAUGCAUAUAUGCACAUUCGUAAUCGUUAUCGAUCGAAUCCAUCAGACUUUCAGCAGCUCGCAGAAAAACAUCCAGAUUUAAAACAAUUUCUCAUCGAAAAGAGUAAAGGUGGCGUAACGCUUGAUUUUUGUGAUCCAAAUGCUGUUCGAGCAUUAACAAUUGCAGUGGCAAAAGAAGAUUUUAAUUUAGAUUUAGAACUAAGUCUCGAUCGCUUGAUACCAAGAAUUCCGCAGAAAUUGAAUUAUCUGCAUUGGAUCGAGGAUUUAAUAGAGUGUCGAAACGAUGCGAUCGGAAUUGAUAUUGGCGGUGGUUGUUCAUGUAUUCAUGCACUUCUUGCAGUUCGUCUGAAUCCUCAAUGGACGAUGUAUGUUUCCGAAAUAGAUCCAUUUAACUAUCGUAUGGCGAUGAAGAAUGUUGAACAGAACGGAUUACAAGAUCGCAUUCAUAUUGUUCAGAUGGAUUCAUCGGCUUUGUUUCAUGAUUUCAUCGAUCAGACUAAACAUUAUGAUUUUCUCAUGUGUAAUCCUCCGUUUUAUUGUGAUUUAUCGGAAUCUCAAGGUUUGACAAAUACUCGUAAAUCUGAUCGUCCGUCGGCUAAUUCAAUAAAUACGGCUGCACCUGUUGAGUCGAUUUAUGAUCAAGGCGGUGAAGUUGAAUUUGUCAAACGAAUGAUUAAUGAAAGUCAAACAUAUGCAACAAAUGUCAGAAUCUUCACAAGUCAACUCGGCAAAAAAUCGAGCUUAGAUCAAAUUAAAAAGCAUCUAGCAAACAUUCGACAUAUCGAUACGGAAUUAUGUCAAGGAAAUACCAUGCGCUGGGCAAUUGCCUGGACAUUUGAUGAAAUGUAUCAAUUUCCUUCUGAAUGUCAAUCGCGAAAAGCAUUUCAAGCUUUAAAAAAAACCAAGAAGAAAAACGAAACUUCUCGUACACCCAUCAGCGUUCCGUUUGAUUCGAAAUAUUCAUUUGAUUUUAUUAAAAAUUAUCUUGAGACGUAUUUGUUCAAUGAACUACAUUUGAAAUGGACAAGUCUCAGCUCCUAUGCGUGGAUCUUUGAUGCCUAUGACAAUCUCUGGUCUCAUCAACGACGCCGCCGACGUCAGCAUACAAAUGACGAACCACCUUCCAAACGUUUGAAAUCCACCGAUGAACCAACGGAGAAAGUGUGCACUAUUCAAAUGCGUUUAGACGAACACGAAGGUGUCUGCACUCUCUAUCUACUAUUUGUCGAUGGAACAAAUGCCGACGCUGCUAAUCAAAUCGGUCAAUAUAUCAAAAAUCAAUUUCCAACCUACUGUCAAAGUCAUGAAUAG